AUUGUGUUUUAUAAAUACCUAUUUUUCCGUGAACUGUCUUUUAUUCUUAGAAUUGUUGAUCCCCUUGUAGAUCUGUUGGAACUUAUCGGGAAAAAAAUCAAUAGAAUAUAUUUAUUCCCGAUUAUUCUCAAGUUGGUCGUCCCUGUCAGGAAUUGAUUGUUAAGAUGGAUGUCAAGCAUAAUUCCCAAAAAGAAAUGAUCGAACGUAGUCUGAAUGCAACGGAAAAAGCGAUCGAAUCAAUUCGUGAAGGUGAACUAGUUCGUCGUCAUACUGAUUUGGAACUUCGUGAUAUGCAAAUAUCAAUGAAUGAAGAUUUCGAUCGUAUUCGUGGAAUGAUGCAUGAGUUGGAUGAACAAAUUCACAAGGACCGCUCUGGAAAUUCGAAGUGGAUGAAUCAGAAAAUGGAGAAGGCUAAGGCUACUGCUGAUCAAGCGUUAGCCUCUACAUUGAUGGUCAAAGAUGUCCAACUAUUGGAAAAGAAGGUCAACAUCCUAAAAGAAUCAGUGGUUCAAGUGAAUAAGUCAUUUUAUAAAUAUGAGAAGGACGUUGAUAUGAAUGAUUUAAUGGAUCAAGUUAUUGAUAUGGUGCAUCGUACGGAAAAGAAGGAACAAGAUGCAUUGGAGGCCCAUGCAACUGAUGAACAAGCUAUUGGAAAAGCCUUCCGUGGAGCAAUUGAGGGCCUCUAUGGUCUGAAAUCUUCCAAUUCAAAGGUCAUGGAAGAAGCUAAACUGUUGGCUGGAGAGAUGCGUGUUUUUAGAGAUGCUGCCUCUAACAAGAACUUCCACACAAUGAUCUCGAGAAUUGCAUCGAAUACUGCUACAUCUGGAGUUCCCUUGAAAUACAGCAGCGGUCCUGAGAGCAGUUUUUCGACUUCUGCAUACACUUCGUUUUCUAAAUCCGCCAACAACUCUUCUAUGUCUGGAUCUAAUUAAUUGCUACUUGCCUUUGUCUUUUUGUAUUGUAUUGUGAGAAAAUCAAUAAAUAUUGAUUGAUUUU